AUGAAAACUAAGCUCUAUCAUCAGCAAAGGCUAUUACCAGUAAUCACUGCUGCUCGUGGGUUUUUAACUCAUCAAUCCUCACUACCUCACUUGCCUGUUCCUCCGUUAAAGGAUACAUUAGAUCGAUACUUGCUAUCAAUUAAGCCAUUAUUAACUUCUGUUGAAUUCGAAAAUACCAAAAAAAUAGUUGAAAAAUUUGGUGAAUCCGGUGGUAUCGGACAUACUCUUAAUGAAAAGCUGAAAGAAAGAGCCAAACAGCAUAACAAUUGGCUUGCUGAAUGGUGGCUUAAUUACGCCUACUUGGAGUAUCGUGCACCCAAUAUUGUUAAUUCUAAUCCAGCUAUUAUAUUUCCAAAAUUUAAUUUCAGUGGAUUAGAAGGCCAACUUGAGUAUGUCGUUCAAAAUAUUCUUUUACAUAUUGAUUAUUUAGAAGUGGAUACUGCAGGAAAGCGCCCAAUGUGUAUGAUACAACACACGAAUAUCUUUGGUUCCUGUAGAGUUCCUAAACCAAAAAGAGAUGCUUUUUACACCCAUCCCUAUGGCAACCCACCAUGCAAUCACAUUAUUGUAAUCUAUAAUAAUCAGAUUUUUGCUGUUGACGUGAUGCGAAACGGACAGAAAAUAUCUGCCGAACAGAUACACCAACAACUAAAAUUAGUUGUUGCUAGUACUCCACAACCUGUUGAAUCUAUCGGUAUAUUAACAUCGAAUGAUAGAGAUUCUUGGGCCGAAGCUUACGCUCAUCUUGCACAAGAUCCCAUCAAUAAGGACAACUUAGAGACUAUAAAAACGGCACUUUUUGCUAUUUGUAUUGACCGUCCUGGUAUUAGCUAUUCUGGUAAUGCUGAUGGCAAGGAAUAUAUGCAAUACUUUAGGAAUUACCACAGUAGAAUGCUCUUGCAUGGUGAAGGUAGCUUAUUCAAUAGCGGUAAUCGGUGGUUUGACAAGACCAUUGAGUUAAUCAUUGGCCCAGAUGGUCUAAUUGGAGCAAACUACGAGCACUCUGCUGGUGAAGGCCCUCCAGUUGUUACAGCACUUGAUCAUGUGUGCAAUUAUUGUAUGAAUAACCGCUUAAGCACAAAUGAAAAUAUCAACCCUGAAUCAUUACCUACAGUAAGACCACUCCAUUGGCUUAUAACCCAUCAAACAAGAAAUGAUAUAUUACAAGCAACAACAAAAAUUAACAAACUGGCAAAAGAUGUAGAUCUUAGGGCCAUAGUCUUUGAUGCAUUCGGUGCAAAUCUUGUCAGGUCAUAUAAACUAAGUCCAGACGGUUUCUUCCAAAUAGCAAUGCAGCUAGCAUAUUACAGAUUGCAUGGCCGAUCACCACCAACAUAUGAAAGUGGUGGCACUCGCCAGUAUAUACUGGGACGUACUGAAACAAUUAGAUCUGCGACGAUAGAAUCAGAUACCUUUGCUCGAGCUAUCGAUUGGCCAAGUUACAGCAAUCAAGAAAGAAGGGAGCUGAUGCUUGCGGCUUUAAAUCGUCACAAAGAUGUCACCAUAAAAGCAAUAACGGGACAUGGUUGGGAUCGUCACCUUUUGGGAAUGAAAUUAAUUGCAAUGGAGCAAGGUCUAGAAGUACCAGAGUUGCAUAAAGAUGUUGGCUAUACUAAAAGUACUCGUAUCUUAUUGUCUACUAGUCAAGUAUCGUCAAAUUGUGAUCUCUCUCUAUUUUUUGGUCCAACCGCUCCUGAUUGUUAUGGUGUUUGUUAUAGCCCAAAUCCAAAUAAUUAUCGAUACUCUUGCUCGACUUUUAAUAGCUGUCCUGAUACAAAUGGUAAAUUGUUUGCCGAAUUAGUGAGCAAGAGCCUUCUGGACAUGCAAGCAUUACUCUUAACAAAACCUAAGCUAUAA